CUCCGACCCCCUUCGCUGCGCGCGCAGUUUCCCACACACCCGGAAGCGGAUCGCGUGGAGUGAAGGUCACGCCGUGGCGCGACUGACUGCUGAAGUGUCAUGCUGUGUCAUAAAAAAGCCCAGAAGAGAAGGAAGAGGAAAGCAAAGGAGUCAGGGAUGGCUCUUCCUCAGGGACACUUGACAUUCACGGAUGUGGCCAUAGAAUUUUCUCAGGAGGAGUGGAAAUGCCUGGACCCUGCGCAGAGGGCUUUGUACAAGGAUGUGAUGCUGGAGAACUACAGGAACCUGGUCUCCCUGGGAAUCUCUCUUCCUGACCUGAAUAUUAACUCCAUGUUGGAACAAAGGAGGGAGAUCUGGUCUGGUGAGAGUGAAGUGAAAAUAGCAAAAAGUUCAGACAGGAGGGAAUGCAUCAAAGUUGUAAACAGAGGGAGCAGCUGUGCACUGGGAGGCAAUGCAGAAAACAAACAAAUUAAAACACAGCUUGGAGUAUCCUUUCACUUACAUCUGUCCGAACUGGAGCUAUUUCCAGAUGAAAGGGUAAUAAAUGGAUGUAAUCAAGUUGAAAACUUUAUCAACCACAGUUCCUCUGUUUCAUCUCUUCAAGAAAUUUCUUCCAGUGUCAAAACCCCUGUUUUUAAUAGGAAUGAUUUUGAUGAUUCUUCAUUCCUCCUGCAAGAACAGAAGGUACACAUUAGUGAAAAACCUUAUGAAUGCAAUGAGCAUAGCAAAGUCUUUAGAGUGUCUUCCAGCCUGACUAACCAUCAAGUAAUCCAUACCACAGAGAAACCUUACAAAUGUAAUGAAUGUGGCAAGGUCUUUAGUCGUAAUUCACACCUUGCAGAGCAUUGGAGAAUUCAUACUGGAGAGAAGCCUUAUAAAUGUAAUGACUGUGGCAAGGUUUUUAGUUACAAUUCAAACUUUGCACGACAUCAAAGAAUUCAUAUCAGAGAGAAGCCUUAUGAAUGUAAUGAAUGUGGUAAAGUCUUCAGCAAUAAUUCUUACCUUGCACGGCAUCAAAGAAUUCAUGCUGAAGAGAAACCUUACAAAUGUAAUGAAUGUGGUAAGGGCUUCAGUCAUAAGUCAUCUCUAGCAAAUCAUUGGAGAAUUUAUACUGGAGAGAAGCCUUACAAAUGUGAUGAAUGUGGCAAGGCCUUCUAUAGAAUUGCACUCCUUGUACGACAUCAGAAAAUUCAUACUGGAGAAAAACCUUACAAAUGUAACGAAUGUGGUAAGGUCUUUAUUCAAAAUUCACACCUAGCACAACACUGGAGAAUUCAUACAGGAGAGAAACCUUACAAAUGUAAUGAAUGUGGAAAACUAUUUAAUCAACUUUCAAAUCUUGCACGACAUCGAAGAAUUCACACCGGAGAGAAGCCUUACAAAUGUAAUGAAUGUGGUAAAGCAUUUAGUGAGUAUUCGGGCCUUACAGCCCAUCUUGUAAUCCACACCGGAGAGAAGCCUUACAAAUGUAAUGAAUGCAGCAAGGCAUUCAGACACAAGUUAUCCUUAACCAAUCAUCAGAGAAUUCAUACUGGUGAAAGACCUUAUAAAUGUAAUGAGUGUGGCAAGGUUUUCAAUCGGAUUGCACACCUUGCACGACAUCGGAAAACUCACACGGGAGAGAAACCUUACAAAUGUAAUGAGUGUGAUAAGGCCUUCACCCGCAUUUCAUACCUAGCACAACAUUGGACGGUUCAUAUGGGAUAGAAACUACACAUGUAAUAAAUAUGUCAAAGAAUUUAGUGUGCACUCAAGCCUUGCUACCCAUCUGUUAUUCCAUACUGGAAAGAAAUUUGCAAAUGUAAAAAAUAUGACAAGGUCUUCAAACACAACUUUUUCUAAUAAUUCAUUAGAGAAUAUAUACUGAAGAGACUUCACAAUUGUAAUGAAUGUGUGGAAAAGUCUUCAACAAAAUUUCACACCUUGCAAAAGGAGAUCUAAAGAAAACAAUCAGAAAUGACAAAGGUGACAUUACCACCAACCCCACAGAAAUAUGAAAAACCCUCAGAGAUUACUAUGAACACCUACAGGCACAAACUAGAAAACUUAGAAGAAAUUGAUAAAUUGCUGGAAAGAUAUAACCCAUCCAAGAUUGAACCAAGAAAACAUUUAAAAUUUAUUUGGAACCAGAAGAGCCCAACCUAAGAAGAAAUUGCAAUGCUGAACAGACCAAUAGUGAGUUCCCAAAUUGAAUCAGGAAUUGAAAAGCUAUCAAAAAAGCUCUGGACCCGACAGAUUUAUAGUUGAAUUCUACCAGAUUAUAAAGAAGAGCUGUUACCAAUUGUACUGAAACUGUUCAAAACAUAGAUCCAGAGGGACUCCUAUCUGAUUAUAUGAGGCCAGCUUCGUUCUAAUACCAAAACCUGACAGACCAAUGAAAAAAGAAAACUUGAGGCCAGUAUUCCUGGUUAAUAUAGGUGCAGAAAUCCUCAACAAAAUAAUAGUAAACCAGAUCCAUCUGCACAUCAAAAAGCUAAUCCACCAUGAUCAAGCAGGCCUUACUGUUGGACUGCAAGUUUGGUUCAGCAUACACAAAUCAAUUAAUGUGAUUCAUCAUAUACACGGAAGUAAAAACAAAAACCACAUGA